AUGGCCGGCUUUGAAACGGGGACUCCCGCCAUAUUAAGCGUCGCGCGGGCAUCAGCUCAAGGCUACAUUUUACUGCCUCGUCUGGAGCAGGUCAUCAUGCCAGGCGCAGGAUUCAGCACAAAGCUGGCCAGCAGUACAAGCAGCAAUCCAUUCAUCACGAGCCCUGGCCCGUUCGACCUGGAUAUGUUGCAAUCCAGCAAACUCACCUACCGUUGCGCUGAUAGCUGCAAUGGUACAUACGUGUCCGCAUCGACCACCUCGUCGAGCCACUCUUCAGAUCACCUGAGCAUGACCCUGGGUAUAGGCCUGGGCAACGCGGUGCUCAGCGCAAGUGUGACCGGUUCAUAUGACAAGGCUGUGCUCGAGGACAAAUCGUCCAGCAAAAUCUCCCGCCGUACUUCCGUACAGUGUGGAGCUGUCCAUCUCCAGCGUCCUCCACCGCUGUCCGCUGAAGCUCUGCAGCUGCUCAACUCUUCAGAGCACGGCUUCGAGGCUUUCUGCGAGCGGUACGGAGACUUCUACGUUUCUGGUUUCAUCAUAGGCGCCGACGCAGGCGUGCUGGUCAGCCAAGCGUUGAGCAGGCGAGAGUCGUCUGAGAAGCUGAGAGCCAAAGUCGAUGUUCAGUUCCUGUGUUUUUCGGCGGAGAAGGUUAUGGAGAAGGAUGUAGAGGGUCUGGCGGAGGAGGUGGAACUCAACCUGUUUGCGUUCGACUCAAUGGAUAACUCGUUGGUCCGAUUACCAGGGAACGCUGGCAAGUUGAGGCUCCAGGAAGCCGGCGAACUCACCAGGGAGUACUCCGCUCGAAUCGAAGGCAUGGCUGAGGCGGUUAUGCGAGCCGUUGGAAAGAUGAGUGAUAUCCAGGAAGAAGAGAAGACGUUGAGCUGGCAUAAUCUGGGUCAAGUGUUACUGUCCCGGUUUGUCUCUCGCCUCGUUCUCAUGCCAAUGAGUACGCAUAGAGAGGUGGCACCGCAUGUAAAGAGAGCGUGA